UAGUGUGGGUGUAACAUGAUAUCAUUUUAUAAAUUUAACUUAACAAGUUUACAUACCAUUGCGUAGACAGGAAAUGACUUGUCAGAUCAGGAACUUAAGAAGACAUUUUUUUCAAUAACCUUAUGAGAAGUUUAAAUCACUGGUUACAUUAUGGCUGUGCCUGGUAAAAAGGCAUCUCAGAAACUAUCAUCUACACUAUCUCAAGGUGGUGCUGAAGAUUUUGACAUUUUCUGUGAACAAUGUGACAAAGAUGACAUCAGACUACCUGCAUUUGGUUACUGUGUGGAUUGUGAGGUACAUUUAUGUCAAACUUGCUUUAACACUCACAGACGACCAAAACCACUACGCCAUCAUCAGCUUCUAGACAAAGAUCACAUGCCACAUAAACAAAACCUCAGUAAGUCAAUUAAAUCUACUUCAGGUAAAAAAAAUGGUGAUUUAUCCAAGUCUUGUACCAAACAUACCAAAGAAGUGAUCAAGUUUUACUGUCAUGACCAUAAUACACUUAUAUGCAGCGUUUGUGUGACCCUUGAACACCCAACAACAUCCUGCCAUGUGGACUACAUACCUGAUAUAUCAGGAAAGACUUUAAACAGCAUGGAGUUCAAAGAAACUCUAAAAGAUAUUGACAAACUGACAGACAAAUGCUGCCAGAUUAAAAAAGAUCUGAAACAAAGAAUUGCUAAAUCAACGAUUUCUCUGAAAGACGCUAUAGUAGAAAUGGACAACUUUAGAAAAGAGAUAAACAAACGAUUAGAUGAACUAGAAAAAGAAGUAAAGGAUAUUGCAACAACAAUUCAACAUGACAACAACAACAAAUUGGAAACAACAGAAACAACAUGUGAUGACAUCAACAAAUCACUCCAAGCAUCAGCUGAUACUCUAAAACAUCUCAACACCAACAAGAAAACUGACCAACUGUUUACUGAAUUGAAAAUAGCUCAGCAACUGAUAUUACACAAUGAAAAUAUAACUACACAACUACCAACAACCGAUGAUGUUGAUGAAUACACUUUUGAACCAAAUCCAGCAAUCAAAAAACUCCUUCAGAAUGAGAAAUCAUUAGGAACAUUGAUAAAAAGGGAACUAAAACAACAAGCUCAACCCAAGAAAAAGGACGAUGUACCAAUGAAAAUGUCUACCCCUAGAAACAUCAAAGUUAAUACAUUCUCAGCUAUAUAUGAUUGCUGGAUUACUGGUAUAACUGUCUCUCCUCAGAACCAAUUAUUUGUAGCAGAUUAUAAUAAUGACUCAAUUAAAAUGAAAGACAUAAACUGUGGAGCAAUCAAACAACUACAGCUUGUAUCAAACCCCUGGGAUAUCACCAUAGUGACCAGAGAUACACUUGCUGUUACAUUACCAAGCAUUUACACAAUACAGUUCAUUUCCUUCUCUUCAAACUCUUUCUCAUUGAAAAACAAACUGAAAGUAGACGGAGAGUGCCGUGGAAUAAGCCAUCAUCAGGGUAAACUUGCAGUUACCUUUUUAGAUCCUGAUAAACUCCAAAUCAUGGACUUGAAAGGUAAUGUUAAAAUUAAAGUUGAGAAAGACUCCAAUGGUGACAGUAUUUUCAGUGAUCCUUGGUAUGUCACCACAAACAGUCAUUCAAUCUAUGUGUCUGAUAACCACAAAACAGAAAUCAUAUGGUUUAACUGGCAGGGAGAGAUGAUAGGAAGGAAUGUAGACAUUGGAAGCCCAAGGGGUAUUUCACUGUUAGAUGACGGGUCCUUCUUUGUGAGUGAUUACAUGACUAAAUGUAUAUAUAGAGUAAGUGGUGAUUGUAAAGACAGGACAACUAUACUGGAGAAUGUAACGAAUCCUCGAGCUGUAUGUUGGUGUGCUGAGACCAGUACACUUCAUUUAAGUACAGAAUACAACACAGAGAGUCGCAAUAUUAUCAAAAUGUAUAAAAUGAUGUAGAACCAAGCAAUGGUAAACAAUGCAGACAUAACAAAACAUAAACAAUUGUAAAUAUAUGUAUAUAUGUACACAAGUAAAAUAUAUGUAUAUACAAUGUAUGUAUGCAAUUACUUCUUUUUUUUACAAAAUUAAACCAGGGUUGGAGAGGGGGACUUUUUUCCAUUGAUGAUUUAUGAUACUGUUUUCUUUUGUUUUGUCUUGUCAGAUUAUAAAUUUUUCUUUCAUUUUUCAAAAUAAAAUAAAAAAUUUAAAAUAAUUUGGAGAUAUUAAUUUUGCAGUUUAAAAUAUACUUUUUAAAGGUUUUAAAGUAAAAUAAGUGAAAUUUAGGUAGACUAGUAUUAAAACUUACAAUGAAUGUAUUUCUGACACAAGAUGUGAAAUCAACUUGAGUUUUUUUAGCACACAUGUUUAGAAUUAUUAUGAAGAUAAAGCCAUGAUAUAUAACAAAUUUGAAAAGAUUUAUCAACCCACCCUCUUCUCUAUUUCAUGCUUGUUUUAAUUAGAAUUAAUUUCUAACUAACAUUUUCUUUUUCAAAUAUGCUUUUCUUUGAUUUUGUUCAUUUUGUAAAAAACAUAAAUGUCCAUUUUUCAACUUCUACAUUUAAAUAGAGAUGACAUAACUUAUAAAUAUAUCUAUUCUGUAGGAGAUGAAAACAUGUUUGUCUUUGAUCAAUAUAACUGUUAAAAGAUU